AUGGCCCCUCAGGAUAAGGCCGCUGCUGGUUCAGCCGGAGCAAAUGGAGCCCCCAAGAAAAAGCGCGUCGUUACCACUGCUGCAGACAGAGAAAGGCUCAAGCUCAAAGCCGAAGAUGUCAGAUGGAAUGCAGCAAAAACUCCUGAAGCAAAAGCCUGGAUCAAUUCUACCAGACUGUUGAAGGAGUUUCUGGGAAAUGGAGAAGAUGUUCUGGCUCUGAAAGUCGGCCCAGCCACGAGACGUGACAUGUGGGCCAAGGCUGAUGCCAUGGGUUUGCAUGUUGAGAUGUUCGAUACGCAAGCACGAAAAGAUGGACCAGUGGAGAGCUGGAUUGUGCUUGGUCGAGUUGCUUCGCGAAUGGCUGUCGCUGGUAAAGUCAGAGACAUCCAGCGCCAGGCCAAGAGACAGCUUCAAGAGGCCGAGGAUGAGAACGAUGGCGAAGCUGAUGCUGGAGCUGACGAGCCUAAGAAUCCUGCUGACUUGAUUGAUCCUUCUCUUCGCGAACAAAGAGCCCCUGUGGCUCAGAUGAUGCUGCCGGGUGCCCAGCAAGCCGAGGACGCUCGCGAGCAAUUGCCUUCUAUCGAUCAUACAUCAAAGACGACCGGCAGCAACAAUGAGUCUGCGCAGACAGCACUUCCAAAUGAGGAUAUCGAGGCUGCAAAGCAACUCAGGAGCCUCAAAAGCUCAGCUGUACCCGCAAGACCAGUCUUCCGAAAAGAUCCCGGUGACGUGGAGACUACUCCAGUCAUGUCAGGUGCUCUGCCUCAAGAGACAAGCACAGAGCAACCCGCUACUGAGGAAACCACCGAGAAUGAUCGCAUCGCAAGCUGGGUAUCACAACAAGCCCAAUCAGCCCAAACAGAAAAAGACAUAGUCGACCCAACAGGACUCUGGAAGAUCUCCUGCGCAGCAAUCGCCGAACAACUCGGUUCGACAUCUCCAGACUUGACACUUACAAUCCACCUCGAACCAACCCGACCCCAAAAUGACAACGACACUGACGACGAGAACCCUGCAUCAACUACCGACGACAACAUCCCCGACUCUGAACUCACAGAAGCCCAAAAAGCACGUCUGGGGACCUACCAGCUCUGGGCUACUUUCAACCUGGGUCUCUAUCAAGGCAUCAUCCGCUUCAUGUCCCCUGACACUGUCAGAUCCAAUCCUACUCCUCGCACAUCCUUCGAUCUUCUGUCUACUCAACUCCCCUCUGCUGAAAACCGCACUUUCCAAUACAAAUGGCGAGGUCGUGAGACUUCAGACUCUGAAAUCUCAGUCGAGGCCGAAAACGCCACUCAAUUCAUCAAAUUCGAGGAUGAUGGCGUAAAGUUGACUGGCGUGUUCGAGUGCGAGUAUUUGGGCGAGACUGGAUUCGAAGGACAGAAAGUUGGAAAAGGAGAAGCUACUAAAGAGCACUUGGGCAAGGCGUGGAGUCAGGUCAGUCCUCAGGCUCAUGAUAUGGAGGCUCAACAGAAGGCGUGA